UUGAUUUUGCGUUCACGUCCACCUCUACCGUCUAACUUACAAACGCGGUUAUUUUUUCAAAUCUUUUUCUAUCAAUUUUUAUUAAAUUUAUAGAAAUUUUACGUUAAUUUGUUAGUUUAAUCGACUAAUUACAAUGUCAGGUCCACAUAGCCGGAAAAGAGUGUGUUAUUAUUACGACAGUGAUAUUGGGAACUAUUACUAUGGACAAGGGCAUCCGAUGAAACCACACAGAAUUCGAAUGACUCAUAAUCUUUUACUGAAUUACGGAUUAUACAGAAAAAUGGAGAUAUUUAGACCGCAUAAAGCUACCGCAGAUGAAAUGACUAAAUUUCACAGCGACGAUUAUAUUCGUUUCCUUCGCAGCAUUAGACCGGAUAACAUGACUGAAUACAAUAAACAAAUGCAAAGAUUUAACGUAGGAGAAGAUUGUCCUGUAUUCGAUGGAUUAUACGAAUUCUGUCAAUUGUCAGCCGGCGGAUCGGUCGCAGCUGCGGUUAAGUUGAAUAAACAAGCUUCGGAAAUCUGUAUAAAUUGGGGAGGCGGUCUGCAUCAUGCUAAGAAAUCCGAGGCUUCGGGAUUUUGCUAUGUAAACGAUAUCGUUCUAGGUAUUUUAGAACUUUUGAAGUACCAUCAGAGAGUACUGUAUAUAGAUAUCGAUGUACAUCAUGGAGACGGCGUAGAAGAAGCUUUUUACACUACUGAUAGAGUUAUGACCGUAUCGUUUCAUAAAUACGGUGAAUAUUUCCCCGGUACUGGAGAUUUAAGAGAUAUAGGUGCUGGAAAAGGGAAAUACUACGCUGUUAAUAUUCCAUUGAGAGAUGGAAUGGACGAUGAAAGCUACGAAUCUAUAUUUGUACCGAUUAUUACCAAAGUUAUGGAAACUUUCCAGCCUAGUGCUGUUGUGCUGCAAUGUGGAGCUGACUCGUUGACUGGUGAUCGAUUAGGAUGUUUUAAUUUGACCGUUAAAGGUCAUGGGAAAUGUGUAGAUUUCGUUAAAAAAUACGGUCUGCCUUUCUUAAUGGUUGGCGGAGGCGGUUACACUAUUAGAAAUGUAUCGAGAUGCUGGACCUACGAAACGUCUGUCGCUUUAGGAGUCGAAAUCGCCAACGAACUGCCUUACAACGACUACUUCGAAUACUUCGGCCCUGAUUUCAAGCUUCAUAUCAGUCCAUCGAAUAUGGCCAAUCAGAACCAAGCCGAUUAUCUAGAAAAAAUAAAGACCAGAUUAUUCGAAAAUCUCAGAAUGUUACCUCACGCUCCUGGCGUUCAGGUUCAAGCCAUACCGGAAGACGGAGCUAAGGAAGAAUCGGAAGAUGAAGAAUUAACGAACCCUGACGAACGUAACCCUCAAUCUGUCCAAGAUAAACGAAUCAUCGGCGAAAAUGAAUUCAGUGAUAGUGAAGAUGAAGGACCAGUCGGUGCUGGCCGAAAAGAUAACAGAUCGUAUAAAGGUUCACCGUCCACCCCAACGAGAAAAAAACCGAGAAUAGAUUCAGGCAAAGGUGACGCUGAGAAUAAUAAAACUGACGAAUUGCUUAAACCCGAAAUUAAAACCGAAGAAAGAGAAGAUAAACCUGUAACCGAAGAAGUGAAAAAGGAAGCCGUUAGUAAAAUAUAAUUCUAUGUUUUUAAUAAUUUUUAUUUAUUUGUACAUUUUUGUAAAACCAUUUUUAAAAAUAUUUUGUGAAUUACCUAUUUAAUUUUGUUUGUAAUAAUUUCUUCUUCAUACCAUGAUAUUGAAAACCCAAUCACACUCAGGUUAUCGUUGUAGCUUAUCGAAAGUGAAGAGCUUAUUGUACAAUAUUUUAGUCCAUUUUUAACUAUCCAUGCUUUUCCCCUUACAUACAAGUUCCUAAUUUUAAUAUAUUUUUUUUUUUUAAAUUCAAAAUUAUCAACCACUCGAAUUCGCUCCGUAAAUAUCGAAAAAUAGUGCACAAACACCCGAACCAUAUCAUUGUAAAACGAUCUUUGAGGAACGUUAGUGGGUUUCUUUCUUAUAUUUUUCUUUCUCAAAGUAGAUAUUGCUCAAGUUAUGGCCUUCUAUUUUUAACGAAUCUAUGUAUUAUAUAAGUGUAAUUUUAUUUUGUUUUGUAUCAUGACGUACUUACCUAUAAAAGUGAACGGUAAAUAAAAUUUUGAUCUUAUUUAUAUUUUUCAUCGUGAGAGCUAGUCGUUUGAAACGAAUUAUGUACGAUGUCGUAGACCAUCGUGUGGUUUUAAAUUAUUGAAUUUGUGUACGUGUGAAAUAUUUUUUUUAUACGUAAUUGUUUAUCAUUGAUGAAUUGUAAUAUGUUAUUGAUUUGUAAUAAAGUUUUUUCCUUUCA